AUGGCGUCACAAGGGCCAAUACCUCUCACUCCUCGCGAGGCAUUGUCCGGAAUACUCGGUUCAGUGUCCAUGACCUGCUGGAUUUUCCUUCUUGUACCCCAGCUCAUCGAAAACUACCGCAACGGCAACUCAGAUGCAAUCUCCCUAGUUUUUGUCAUCAUCUGGUUCGUCGGCGACAUAGCGAAUCUACUAGGCGGCGUGCUAUCAGGCCUCGUGCCCGUAAUCGUUGCUAUAGCUAUAUACUUCUGCAUCGCAGACGGCGUCCUCAUCUCCCAAUGCUUAUACUACAAACUGCGCAAUGUGCGCCACGAAGCCCAUCGUCGCACGCGCUCUUUGAGCGGGACGCCCGAUCCAACUACGCCGCUGCUCGGUCGGCGGUUCAGCGACACUGUUGCGCCGCGCACGCGACGUAGGUCGUCUGGAUCUUUGCGCGGGUAUCAGAAUCCGGGCCCACGCGAUGGCUCGGCUGAGGAUCCAUUGGCGAAGAUCCUUGAGGAGAGCGAGUUUGGUCGCAAGGCUUGGGUUAAAAACUUUGCCAGUGUGCUUGGGGUCUUUGUUAUUGGCCUUGUUGGCUGGACUAUGGCCUGGCGGACGGGUAUGUGGGAGCCUGCUCCUUUGGAUAGUCCUACUGCCCCUGAUCAGGCCGCUAGUGGCCAGGUUCUGGGCUACUUUAGUGCCGUUUGUUAUCUGGGGGCAAGAUUGCCUCAGAUCUACAAGAAUUACACGGACAAGUCUUGUGAAGGCUUGUCUCUUCUUUUCUUCAUCCUCUCCCUCAUGGGUAACUUGACAUAUGGCGCCGGGAUCUUGGCUCACUCAACAGAACGAGCUUAUUUCGUUACUAACCUCCCCUGGCUGAUCGGGUCAUUGGGAACAAUCGCCGAGGAUGUCAUCAUCUUCGCACAGUUCCGUCUAUACACAGUUCCAGGAGCUGUGAUUGUAUAA